AUGCACGCCAGCCAUUACCUCUGUGGAGGCGCCCGCUCCUUCAGUCAAAGCUCAACUCGUCACCGUCGCAAUCUGCUCCUCACAUUUGACGCGUUUGAGACUCUAUUCUACCCGAGCCCGCCCGUACCGGAUCAGUACGCUGCGAUCGGCCACGCGUUCGGGCUACCUAAAACCGUAGUUACCCCCAAGAAGCUCAAGGCUGCAUUCAAAGAUGCUUUUGGCACACAGUCCGCAAGAUAUCCAAACUAUGGUCGGGCGGACGUGCUCGAGGGACGAUAUGGGGGACCCAAGCAGUGGUGGGAGGAAGUGAUCCGCAACAGUUUCGCGCAGGUGUUGGCUCAGGAAAGCUCCGACGGUGUCUCUUCCACGUCAGUGUCGCGUCGCGGCAACACUGAUCUACCUUCUGGGAUGGUCGGGUCGUUGCUGAAUCGAUUUGCUGGGGAUGGAGGGUAUCUGCUAUACGAUGAUGUGAUGCCGUUCUUCGAGCGGAUGCGUGAGAUAAGAGCGACAUCUUCGUCCUCAGGCAAGCCCUUUGAUCGGAUUGUUGUUGGUGUAGUAUCCAAUUCGGAUGACAGGAUCUCGGAGGUCUUGAAAUCGUUGGGUCUACGGGUUGGCUGUACGCGUGCAGAUGUCGACCGAUCCAGUACAGAACUGCCCGGAUUCGAAGAGCAAGUCACUCGAGGGGCCGACAGACUAGAGGCUGAUUCCGCAAGCAUGGACGCUCAACAGUCAACAGAUCUGGACAUGGUGAUCACCAGCUAUGAAGCGGGAGCCGAGAAACCCAACAGGUUAAUCUUUGAUGUCGCAAAGCGUCAGGCUCAGCGACUGGUGCAGCAGCAGGGUAGUGGGUUCGAGUCAAACUUGGCCUUUUCGGGGGAAACCAGUGACUGGGCUUGCGUGCAUGUUGGAGACGAUUACCAAAAAGACCUCAUCGGUGCUACUGAUGCGGGCUGGGAGAGCUUCCUUCUUGAGCGUGGCGAUGGGGGAAAAGACCCAGCUACUACCAUCCGCUCCCUGAUGGAUUUAUUAAAAAGGCUGCAGUUGGACGGGUAA